AUUUCUAACAAUCUACAUUGUUGUUGUUUUUAACCGAUCCAGGUCGAUAAAUGAACUCUUCAACGUUUCGAGUUGCCAUGAAACAGUUCGUAAACAGCAAUGGCGGACAGCUAAGACGACAGGUGCCCGGUAAGAGCUGAAUUAAUCUGGGACAUAUAUGACAUGAGGAUGGACAGAAGAAUAGGCCUAGCAGCAUUAGAUGUGGAGAGGUAUUCCAAGCAAGGAACUGCCGACCUCCAAGUGGGACACAUCGACAAAGCUCUUGAUGCGUUUAAGUAUGCAUACAAACGCUCCAGAGAUGUCGACGAUGGCUACACUGAAAGAGCAUGUGCUUUCAACCUUGGUGCUGCAUACAUUGCUGCAAACCAGGCCAAAAGAGGAUUAGAUGUCCUGCAGCAAGCAGUGCCUCCCGAUAACAAAAAGGAGGGAAGAUCAAAUGGUGAUCUUUAUUUCAAUUUCGGUUUAGGAUUUGAAAAUCUUGGAAAUCUCGAGGAGGCUGUACGAUAUUACAUGAAAUCUUAUGAGGAGUAUAAAUCAGAGAGAGAUAAUCUACAAAUGGAGGCCGAGUCCCUGGAGAAGCUUGGGAAUCUACAGGUGAAAACUGACAAUGUUUUCGCAGAAGAUUCUUACGGAAAACUUGCCGAAGUUUAUGGUCUCAUGAAUAAGCCUGUUAAACAGUUAGAGAGUUUGUGUCAGAAAGCCAACCAACAACACAAACAUAAAAAAUCCACCGAGUGUGAGGCUACUGCUGAUGAAUGCCUCAGACUUACUGAGCAAUGUGGUUCAGUAACCCAAGUCGGAAAUGCUCUAAAUGACCUUGGCUUAAUCUACACACAAAUGCAGAAGUAUGACCGAGCCAUUUCCUGUUUUGAACAAGCAUUGCCAUUGGUCCGUGGGAAGUCAGGUGAUAAAAAACAGGAAGCAGUUAUACUUCAGAACCUUGGUGCGACCUACAACUUUGUUGGUGACUACCAGAGAGCUGUUGGUUUUCACGAAUCUGCUUCAAGUUUAUAUGCUGAACUGAAGAAUCGGAACAGCCAGGGACAAUGUUUCGCUAAUCUGGCAUUUGCUCUGAGUCAGUUAGGAGACAAAGAAGGGGCUGGGGAAGCCUUCCUACAUGCUCAUCAAGCUGCCAAAGAUACUGGGGACACUCGCACACAGUGGCAGGUGUUGGAAGGCCUGGGGGCAGUAGCCUUUAACAACGGUAACCUCCCGCGGGCCAUCGACUGCUUCAAACGAGCCCUAGCUGUCAUUACAGCGUCCGAAUCCAACACAACGGUGCAGGACAGGAUCGUAGGAAAACUGACCAAUGCUCUCCAGGAACAAAUUAUAAGGAAGUCCGGAGGCAUCAGCAAACGGGAUGUUCCCUUUAAAACGGAGCAGAGACACCUGACCAUGGCAAACAUUCUCCCCAACAGAAGUUCCAAGGAAGCUGAUCGAAUGUCUGAACAACCCAUCCAAAAAGAAACCGCUGUACCGUCCCAGUCAGAAAAUCCACCAGAAAAACCAAGAUACGUUCCCGUGAAUAGACCUGGGUCCCGCAGAGAGUUCCAGAAGGUAGCUCGCGGCCUCAGCUCACUAGGAGGUUCAAUGACCAUGGACGGGAGCGAGACGCUGAGGCCUGGAACUCUGAUAGCCAGCUCCUCUUCUGACUCGUCAACCUCAUCUUCCUCUUCAUCAUCAUCCUCGUCGGAGGAAGAUGGCCAGGAUGAGAAAAGGAAGGCUAAAGUACAGGUAGAAGUUAAACGGGAUGAAAAACUCCGCCCUUCUUCUAAAUACGGAAGUCUCAUAGCUUCCAAACGAUUGGAUCAAAAGCCUUCUACGAUACAGAGGAAGUCAUUACUGUCAACAACAUCUGAGAAAACGUCCUCUUCUGACUCCUCAUCAUCGUCAGAGGAUGAAGAAGAAAAAGAGGAUGAAGAGGAUCACAAUGCAGUCAAGGCCGAGAUGAAGAAACAGCUUUCUCAAAUUAAAGAAAGUUCAAGCUCUUCUAGUUCAGAAGAGGAAGAGGAGAAGAAACCAGAGGAAAAACAUGUACACGGCUUGGGGACAGUGGAUGAGGGAAGUAAAGAAUCGUCAUCAUCCUCGUCAUCUUCCUCUAGUUCUGACGAAGAAGAGUCACCUCCGCUCCCCACAUCCUCUCCAUUCCCCUCAGGAAAGGUCAACACAUACGAAGACCCACACCUAAAGUACGGCCAGAUCGACUUCAAAAACAAAUACAAAGGUGAGGUAGCUACAGCCCCAAGCAAGGGAGACCAUCCUAACUAUUUAAGUGGCCAGUCUGACCUCUCUAAAGAAGAUGACGACGACGAUGAAAGUGAUGAUGAAUUUGAUUUCACAAAUUCAGGGAAAUAUGAAAAUAUUGAGAAAUUAAGGACCAAUGAGGGCUCUGUUAUAGCCCCUAACCAUACAGAUACCGUCCCUAAGGAAGAAGAACGAGAUACUGUUCCUAAGGACGAAAAACGAGCUGCUGCAGCUGCUCGUGCGGCCGGUAAUUGGGAGAAUGACCACCGCGAGAUCGACCCAACCUACCAGAGCAUCGACUUCCGUACACAGAGGGGAGGGUUUACGGACACCCCAUCGGCGGAAAAUAAUGGGGAUCACAAACACGUGUCGGAUCUACCUAGAGGAGAAAGCCGUGCUGACCAGGAAAUAUAUCUUCAUAACGAACAUAUGAAGCUUGUUGAUAAAAGGCAGACAGCUGAAGAUAACGAACCACAAAAGGCGAAGGAUUCCAAAACAUGUGUUGUGAUGUAAAUGACGUGUGAAAAAAGAAAGGCAAACAGGACAAAAAACCAAACGAUUAUACUUGAUAUUUUCUUAUAUUCUUCAUAUUUUUUAAUGUUUUAUGGUGUACAGUAUGUAUAAUAUGUAUUCUGUCUUUUGUGUCUUACGUAAAGGUACCAAUCAAAACCGUCCAUACCUGUUGCACUGAUAAAUUAGUCUAGAGAGUCAAUACUAGGUAUAACAAAAUCCAUUGUAAAGGAGACGUUAUGAUACUAAAUAUUAUGACAUGGUUUCUUUUUUUAUUGCAAUCAUCGCUUUGUUUUACAAGACAUCAUUCUUGUCUUUUGUGGUGAAUUGUGUCUGUUUAAAAAAAACCUAGUUAUUACUAUAUAGAUAUGUGGCGUAGAAAUUAAUGUUAAUAUAUAUGCUAAUUCUUUAAAGGUAUAUAUCACAGACAUUAUUAUUGAAGAAAACAUAAUAUUAAAAUAGAAAUAUAUAUUUGAUUACGUUUCGACAUAACCAUUUGAUAAAUUUCGACAUAACUAUUUACUAAAUUUAGUACUGUAUAUAAAUUAGGAUAUUUAUAUGUGCAUGUAUCCGAAACAAGUAUUCACAAAACCAUCGACUGCUGCCUGGGUUCCAGGUUUCUAUGUGAUACUUAAUCUGUCUUCCCUGUUUGACAGGAUGACUCCUCAGUUCCUGCUGUCAUAUCGUAUUGGCUUGGAAGUUUAAAGUUAAGUUUAAAACUGUGAUAUUGUUUUUUUUUAUUUUACUUAUUAUGUAAUUCAAACAGAUAUUAAUUUGACGUUCACAGUUUUACACAUGAAAUAGCAAUCUAAUUAAAGUUGUCACAAUCAAUAUUUACUGCCAGUUCAAAACGCGGAAUUGAAAUCGAUUUUUUGAAUUCAUGACUAAAUGCCAUGUGUUAAAUAUCUGUAUUAAAUGUGGAUUUGGGGGGGAAAUAUAGGAAUUAUUUUACCUUUCGCAAUCACAUUAUGUUGUCAUUUAAACAGGUUCUCCUCUUGUUGUUUACUCUUUUUUUUACAUAUUUAUCAUGUUAUGUUUGUAUAAGUAUAGUGUAUUUCUAGCGGCUUUCAGAUUGUAUUUAUUUAAAUCAGUAGCAUCAAACCCGUUGGGACGUUAUGGAUACAUAUCUGUCACCCAGAUUGCGUUCACAUUGACCGUAAAUACAAUCUGGAGACCGUUCAGUAUUUAUAUUUACAUUUCGAUUAUUUUGGAAACGUUCUCAUGUCUAUUUUAUCAAACUUAAAAAAAAUUGUUCUUGUAUGUUUAUUUACUGGAAGAGCUUCCUGAAAAUCACAAUCAUUUCGGUGAUUGAAAUAGAGCUGUAUUAUGAAGUAUAUGUGGCGGCGAGUAAAGCGUUGGCGUAAAGCAGGCUAACAAUGCGCCAAAAGGUCGUCGAAUUAUUGCCAUGUUAUUUACAUGGAGUUAAAAGGAAUUCACGACCCCAAAUAUGGAUAUAUGAUAUAUUAUAUGAUGUACAUUGAGUUUAUACUUCUAUACAAUCAUUUAAACGUAGUGACUGAUUAGUAUUUACUUACGCUUAAAUUGUAUACAAUCAUCAAAAUUUUAGGGAUUGUUUGUUUGAUAGUAGAGAAGGGAAUAUUUGGUUAUCUUGUUGAAUGUUUCAUUUUUUAUGUUCUGUUUUACAUUUUAGUGUCAUAGAAAUAUACAACUAUGUAGUUUAUCUGUUCUGAACUAAAGCUAAUGUGAUACUCUGUACCUUCCAACAAACGACUGAUGUGCUUUCGAGAAUAAACCAUUUAAGAAAAACUU